AUGAUAGAUCUUGAUGAGGAUGCGAACAAAAGCGACGAAGAAGGUUGAAUACUAUUUUUACUCGACAUCAGUUUUUUUUUUUCGCAGAUUGGACUGAAGCGCUCGUCGGACCAAGAAAUGAAGUGAAGCGAGUGGAAGUUUCAGAUCGGGUCAAAAUCUCCAGAGAGCGAAAAAUUCAGCAAUAUCGAAAGGUAGAUGAAUCAAAACGUAACUAUAGUCUGUUCAGAUUUUGAAUGUCAAGCAGCUAAUUCCACCCCCAAGGCUACAAUAUCUUUCGCGUCAAUGUUUUAUCUACAUAUGCCAAUGGCCCUUUAAUAAGGCUGCUUUUUUGACCUCUUUUUCUAUCUUUUUGAUCGAAAAAGAUCAAAAUUAGUCCCGCGCGAUGAAACAUCGACGCGAAAAGGUACCGUCUCAGCAGGGGCGGAGUUAGCUGGUUGACAUUCAAAAUCUGAACAGACUAUAUCAAUGGAUUUUAUUUCAGUUGAUCGAAGAGAUCAAGACGGAAAUGUCGGUGAUGCUGAGGGAUGCUCACCCUGACCAUGUCAGGAUCUGCAAGGAACUUUCCAUCGAUCUCGCUGUUUUCCUCAAGGAGCUCGAGUUCGCCGUUCAUCGAACUUUUCCAAGUAGAUGA